AUGUGAACGUUUGCACCAAGGCCAACGCGCAGUCCUGCGGGGAGUGCAUCCAGGUGUCUGAAACAUGCGGGUGGUGCUCAGACGAGAAGUUCCUGUCUGUGGGUGAGUCCAAGUCCGCCCGCUGUGACGUCGUGAACCGUCUGAAGGAGAGAAAAUGUGACCCGUCUAAAAUAGAGAACCCACGUGGACGUGUYGUUAUUAAUGAAGACAAACCAGUCACUGGUAAAAAACCUGCUGACAAAAUCAUCCAGAUCCAGCCUCAGAAGCUCACCCUGAAUCUCAGAAAUGGUGAGCCGCAGACCUUUGACCUGAAGUUCAAGCGUGCCGAGGACUACCCCAUCGAUCUGUACUACCUCAUGGACCUCUCCUACUCCAUGAAAGACGACUUGGAAAACGUCAAGAACCUCGGCACUGAUCUCAUGAGGGAAAUGAAGAAGAUCACCUCAAACUUCCACAUUGGUUUCGGCUCCUUCGUGGAGAAGACGGUCAUGCCGUACAUCAGCACCACGCCGGCCAAGCUGAUCAACCCCUGCUCGAGCAACCAGAACUGCACCAGCCCCUUCAGCUACAAGAACGUCCUGAAACUGACCGACAAAGGAGACGAGUUCAACAAUCUGGUCAGUCAGCAGCAGAUCUCAGGAAACCUUGACUCUCCUGAGGGCGGGUUCGACGCCAUCAUGCAGGUGGCGGUGUGUGAGGAGCAAAUCGGCUGGAGGGACGUGACUCGUCUGCUCGUGUUUUCCACCGACGCUGGUUUUCACUUCGCCGGCGACGGCAAGCUGGGAGGCAUCGUCCUGCCCAACGACGGGAAGUGCCACCUGGAGAACAACAUGUACACAAUGAGCCACUACUAUGAUUACCCCUCCAUCGCUCAUCUGGUCCAGAAACUGAGUGAACACAACAUCCAGACCAUCUUCGCUGUAACUGAGGAGUUCCAGCCUGUUUACCAGGAGCUGAAAAAUCUGAUCCCCAAGUCGGCCGUUGGCACGCUGUCCUCCAACUCCAGCAACGUGAUCAAUCUCAUCAUCGACGCCUACAACUCUUUGUCGUCUGAGGUCAUCCUGGAGAACAGCAAGCCUCCAGAAGGAGUUUCUGUCUCCUACAAGUCCAUCUGUAAGAACAACGUGGUGGGAACCGGAGACGACGGCAGGAAGUGCUCCAACAUCUCCAUCGGAGACGAGGUGCAUUUCCAGAUUACAGUCCAGUCCAAGAACUGUACUCCAAACGGAAACCUUGAGACCAUCACCAUCAAACCUCUGGGCUUCAAAGAGGAUGUGGUGGUGGCCCUGAACUUCAUCUGCGACUGUGAAUGCGCUUCGAAGGGAAUUCGCAACAGCCCCGAGUGCGACGGGGGUCACGGCACYUUAGAGUGCGGGGCCUGCAAGUGCAACGAAGGACGCAUCGGGCAGUCCUGCGAGUGCAGCAGGGACGACGUCCGGACCGACGACAUGGACGCAAACUGCCGGAAGUCCAACGGCACGGACGACAUCUGCAGCAACAACGGCGAGUGCGUCUGCGGCACCUGCAUCUGCAAGAAACGCGAGAACCCCGCCGAGGUCUACAGCGGCCAGUUCUGCGAGUGCGACAACUUYAACUGCGACCGCUCCAACAACAAGCUCUGUGGAGGGACUGCGUUCAGUGUUUGACCUUCAAAACCGGUGAGAAGAAGGAGACGUGUGAGCGCGACUGCAAGAACUACAAGCUGACCAAAGUAUCAGAGAGGGAGAGCCUGCCCAGUCCCACCGAUGAGCCCCCCCGAGCCAUCUGCAAGGAAAGGGAUGAGAACGACUGCUGGUUCUACUUCACCUACUCCGUCAAGGGUGACGUCAAGGAGGUCCACGUGUCGGAGAAGCUCGAGUGCCCGGCCGGACCCAACAUCAUCCCCAUCGUGGUGGGAGUGGUCGCGGGCAUCGUGAUGAUYGGCCUGGCCCUGCUGCUCAUCUGGAAGCUGCUCAUGAUCAUCCACGACCGCAGGGAGUUCGCCAAGUUCGAGAAGGAGAAGAUGAACGCCAUCUGGGACACGGGAGAGAAUCCCAUCUACAAAAGCGCCGUAACAACUGUCGUCAACCCCAAAUACGAGGGCAAGUGAUGGAGCUCUGAGACAACACUAUGGAGAAGACCGCAGGCUUCAGGGGAGGGGGUGGAACGGGUGGUUUUUAUUUUAUUUUUUAUUUUUACAGCAAUGCUCACUGUUUGUUGUUAUAGUCACCACUGUUUGUUUUACUAACUUGUUUUGAUUUGCUAUGCAUCAUCAAUGUAAAGUUUAUUUUGAGUGUGGAAGAAUAUGUUUUUUGUAACGUUUAACUGGCCUGAUAACGAGGUGGGGGCGGGGCUACAACUGUGCCUUUUUUACUAGAAGCCAUCAGUGUUCUGUGGAGGCUUGAUUGGACGUUAAUAAGUUGGAGGGAAUCAGUCGAUGUUUGGGGCAAUCGAAGGUCUUCAGAUCAAUCUGCCUUUUGACCAAAGGUCUCACUGUGUUUUAUUUUAUUUUUAAAUGUAUGUUUGGAUUUCUGAGCGUGGCAGCUGUGAAACGUGUACAGAGUGUUUAAGGUUCUUCACAGAUUUACAGAACAGGGUUUCAGGAUGACUUAAUUCAAGAGAAAUGACACGCAAAUCUGUAAUUUUAGGGGCUGCCUUUCUAAAAAAAAAACAUCAGUUUACAGCAGAUUUACUGUUGAAAUAUUAGGUUAUUUUUGCUUAUUUCAAACUCAGGUCUUUUCUUUCUUCUCAGCUGCACCAAAUAUGCCUUUUUUUGUUACGGUUUUGUGUUAAAACAUUACAAUUAGUCUCUUUUAAUUSAACCACUCUCCUUAAUGCCUUGAUCAAACAUUUUUAUAUUGAAUAAUGUGGAUAACAUAUUUUUAUUGUUUAAAAAUAAACUGUCACCAUUGCUUUAAAGUGCCUUUUAUUUGUUUCUAGAACACAUUCAGGCAAUCAUAUUUUCUGUAAUUAUUUAUUAAAUAAACCUUCAAAACAUUUUACCCCAUUAAGAAGUGAUUGUGCAGUUGUUGUUUCGGCUGUUUGCUCUUGACUUUAUAUGUUUCUGGUUAGUAUUAAAUGCAUUAUUUCAAUAAAACAGCAGUCGGUGUUUUAGCUUAA